GGCGGACAUCCAACGGCAUCCAAUUUGUAUCGACGGUUAGUGCCAAAAACAACCCCAAAAUGAUAACAAUGUAACAUUAAUAACAACCUAAACUGUGCGAAAUUAUAAAACAAAAAUCAAAAACUAACAUGUGAAUUGAUUGCAGUUUCCCUAUAGGCAACGCAAAAAGAGAAGAGGAGAACUAACCAAUCGCAAUUAUCUAUGGUAACAAAUUUAACCUAUUCGGUCAAUCCUAAAAAAUGUUAUUUAACGGGAGACAUAAGCAAGAGAUCAAAUCUACGACUUCCUAAUAUAACUCAACGCAUUAACAAUAGAACAGCCGUAAACAUCUGGGCGAUGGUACCAAGAAUCAGAUAUUCGUCUCACCUGGCAACGCCGACUCAAGUUUCGCGGAAUCGCGACGUAGGUCGUCGCUUGUUAGAUUGUUCCAGAUGAUGUUCGAAGAAAAAUUGCUGCAGUACGUGCCAGCGAGAAAAUAUUAGCAAUUUUGUCGAGUGUUACAAGUGUUAAAUAUUUUCAAGCGUGUCUGGUUUUUUUCGCCCAGACGAAAAUGCCGUUUUCCAGAUCAGCAUUCACCGGGUUCCCGUUCGGUAGAGAUGACGAUAACCUCCAAACUCACCUCGACGACAUUACUCAACGACAUCCCGAGUUGAGCGAACACUUCCGGUUCCCCAGGAGACGUCCGGAGAGGCCUUUCGGUACCCGAUUCGAGCGAUUCGGGUUCCCGUUCGACGAGGAAGACGAGACUCGGCACAGACCACAGUACUCCUCGCCCCCUCCACCGACCAAGGUCGAUCGGUGCACUCAAACUGACCCCGAACUACUCGCAGAGGCGGCGCCUGCUACUGACCGACCGAGAAAUCGGCCGAAAAACAUCCAGCAGAGCAACACGUGCGACUUGGCAAGCGCGCGCGACGCGGCGGAUGAUCGGCAACAGCGCUCCUACUCCGCCCCGCCCCCUUCGAGCGCCCAACGGUUCGUCACUUCGAUCGAUAUCCCGGUGGGGAGAGAGCCGGACAUGCAGGACGGUAACGGGUCGAGGCCCCACACGAGUACCGAGCGGGUAAUACCUAUCCACGUGGAAGGGCGGGACGUGCCGAUAGUGCCCAAAAACGUGACGUCGUCGUCGACGUCUGGACCGCCUCCCGAAAGGAUAUUCACCGAUCGUCCUGCCCAGCCGGAGACGAUAUUCGGACAGCGACCCGAGCAGUUUACCCAGUUCGUGCGCGAGCCAAAAUGGCGUCCUCAGUCGGCGUUCGACAGAAAGCCGGGUUUCCCGGAAGACGAGCCCGCGCAGCAGCAGCAGCAACAAGACGCGCCCCCUCAACCGGAGCAGCCUAGCGCGCCGUCGCCGAAACCGCAGCCUCCUUCGCCCAUAGAUCAAAUCCGGGCGAUCCAAAAGGACGUCUCCGAAUUGCUCCGGCAGGUGGAGCUGUUCGACGGCGCUUACAAGGACAAGAACUACUUGUAUUUGGACGAGAUGCUGACGCGUAACCUACUGAAGCUCGACGACAUCGACACCCAGGGUCAGGACAGUAUAAGGAGCGCGCGGAAGGAAGCGGUCAAGUGUAUCGAGAAGGCCAUCGGGGUGUUGGAGAGUAAGGCCGCCAAGGAGGCGGAGCCGGCGAGCCACGCCCAAGAGAAGCAGGCGGUCGAAGAAGUCGCGCAGAGCGCAGAGACCUCGGAUAGGUUAGAGGUGGCAACCGAGGACAGUGGGGAAGUCCGUCCUACGGGAAAUGAGGAAGGAGUCGUCAAUGACGGUGAGUCGUGCCCGCGUGAAGGGGGCGUGGUCGAACAUAAAGCCGAGAAGGAGAAGAAGAAAAAGAAGAAGAAAGAUAAGGAAGGCGAGAAGAAGGAAUGAGCGCGUCUUAAAUUAGGUGUCUUGCCGCUUACCGCGCCCAUGGAGUUUUGUUUUUCUAUUUUCUAUGAAACUGCCCCGCCCGCCCAGUAGGUUUAGUUUUGUUUUCGUUGUUUGUUUAUUUUUUUAUGUAGGCCGAGGACGAUGUUGUUUUCGUUUUUUUUUUUUUGUUCGUUUCUGUCAAUUAGCCGCACGCAAUAAAUUUGCCAUACAGCGGGGUGUUUUAA